AUGGCCACCGAGAACCCCGCGAAGAAGCUCAAAAUGGACGGGCCUCUAAUAGGGACGCAUAGCGGCCACUUCCACGCCGACGAAGCCCUCGCGGUCUCCAUGCUCCGCCUCUUGCCCACGUACGCGAACUCAGCCCUCGUCCGCACCCGCGACCCCGCCGUGCUCGAAACCUGCCACACCGUCGUCGACGUCGGAGCGGUACACGACGAUGCGCUCAAACGGUAUGACCACCACCAGCGGGAAUUCACAGCCACGUUUCCCGGCCACAGCACCAAGCUAUCCUCCGCCGGUCUCGUAUAUAUGCGCUUUGGCAGGGACAUCAUUGCGGCCGUGACAGGGCUUGCUCCUGGCCCCGACCUUGACAUCCUUUACGAGAAAAUAUAUACCGACUUCAUCGAGGCAUUCGAUGCGAACGACAACGGCGUCGAUGUCUAUCCGGGCACGCAACUUCAGGCCGCUGGUCUCGCGAAGAGGUUCGAGGACCGUGGAUUCAGCAUCGCCAGUGUUGUCAACCGCUACAACUACACCAACUCCAAGGCCGAUGAUUCCGGAAAGAGCAAGGAGGAGAAGCAGGCCGAGGAAGACGCGCGCUUCGCCAAGGCAUCCGCGUUUGUGGGCGAGCAGUUCCUGCUCGAAUUGACAGACCGCGCGAACUGGUGGCUCCCUGCUCGUCAUGUUGUCAAGAAAGCAUACGACGAGCGUCUGCAGUACGACCCUCAAGGCCGCAUUCUAGUCCUCCCGGAAGGCAUGCCGUGGUCUGAUCACCUCUACACGCUCGAGAAAGAGUCUCCCAUCCCGGAGGGUGUUGCGCCGGAAGUCCUCUACGUCCUGUUCCCCGAAAAUACCGAGCCCGGCAGCAAGUGGCGUAUCCGCGCCGUUAGCAAAGAGAACGGCGGCUUCCAGAACCGAAAGGACCUUCCCGACCCAUGGAAAGGGGUUCGCGAAUCUCAGCUCGACGAAGUCACCGGUAUCCCCGGUGGUGUCUUCGUGCAUGCUUCCGGAUUCAUCGCCGGGAACAGGACUUUCGAUGGCGCGCUCGCGAUGGCGAAGAAGGCUGUAGAGUUCUAG